AUGGUCAACAUCACCAUCGUCAACGGCCAAAUCUACACGCCAGGGCUGGCAAUUGUCGAUGCGCCACAACCUAACACACCCCUCGGAGGAGGCAAGUCAAUACGCCAAACGUAUCAACUCUUUGCUAAUUUAUUAGACAACCUUCAAGUUGCAAUCGACGUGUCCGGCAAUGGUCAACUACCGUGGCCGGCAUCAACUCAACCUGACUCAUCCACCCGCUUCCACGAUAUAACACUCUUCUUAACCUCCGAGUCGCACAACUUCACCAUAUCCAACGGUACAGAGCCCUUGUCUAACGCAAGUUACAUCGGACCCAUCUUAGACCUGGAGCCCUCAUCCACCGUCAAACAUGUGAACUGGAUUUGGCCCGAAUGUCUCGUGGGAGAGGACUCUGGCUCAAAGGACUCGGCACGCGGGACAUACAACAUCUCCAUGCACCAAUCUUUCCGGUGGAAUGGGACCGAUUAUUAUACUGUCUUCGACCUGCCGAUCUCUGUCACCAACAGCAUACCCGAGAAUGAUGACCGGAUCGACUGCGAUAUGCUCGAAAACAAGCUCCUUAGCGCGACGGAGAUCGGCGAGAGCUCGGAUUCACUGCCUGGGCAGCCGUGGGUCGAGGGUGGAGUUAGUACGACGGCGUCAAGUCCCGAGGCAAGUCAGACAGGGGCGGGCAAUCGGUGCCAUUUGGGCUUGAAGAGAGUAGCUGGCAUUGCGGUUGCUAUGACGGCUAUUUUGCAUUUCCUGGGUUGA